CCCUCUGGUGAGAGCCACAGUGGCUGAGCGGUGGUAGGGACUGUCAUCCUGCCUGGCCGCCCGGUUUUUUUGGAGAGAACCAGUUGGCACGGGGAUGUUCCUGCGAUGAUGGCGCUGCAGCUGAAGAGUGGGGAUGCAGCUUACUACCAGAGUGCAGAAUACUGCAGAAACUACACCUCGCCUCCUGUCAGCUACGGUGACAGCAGCCAUUAUCUCGCCCGGUUGCCAGGACCAGAAGCCAUGCUCAAGCCUCCUCUGAGUCUCUUCAGUCAUCCCCAACAGCCCUUCCAACACAUGGACUCUCUGCACCAGCUGGGACCUCCGCCGAUGGCGCCCACGCAGCCCCUCGGCCCACCGCCCAUUGCCCCCACUCAGGCAAUUGGUCCCCCAACUAUGGCUCCCCCCCAGAGUCUAGGCCCCCCUCCCAUCACUGCUCCUCACCCAUUAAGGCCUCCACCCAUUACCCCACCACACACCUUAGGCCCCCCUCCGAUGCCCCCAGCUCAGCCAAUGGGGCCUCCACCCUUGCCACACACCUUGGGGCCCCCACCUGUAGAUCACACACAAGCAAUAGUGCCUCCAACCAUGGACCUCGCACAGCCACUGGGGCCUCCACAUCUGAACCCUGCGCAUGCCCUGGUGCCCCCACCUGUAGUGGCGCCUGCAGCUGGUCGAUUUCCCCUCCCUCCCAGCCCCUUGUCCUCACCUCCAGCCCCGGGCCCAGAUCCCUCGCAGCUACCCCCAAGGCCCCCGGGACCGGCCCUCAUCCCAGCCCCGGUGUCCGGCCUCAUCUGCGGUCCUCUCCCAGGUCAGGCAGCCCCAGUCAGCGAGCAGCCCCAGGAUGAGGGCUCUUCACUGGGGAUGGAGGAGCAGGAGGACUCUCUGGGGCUGGAAGAACUGUGUAAACCACUGUACUGUAAACUGUGCAACGUUACCCUCAACUCCGCUCAGCAGGCACAGGCUCACUACCAGGGAAAGAACCACAGUAAAAAGCUAAGAAAUUUCUACGCUGGCAGCCAGCAGCCACCAGCCAUUAGGAUCCCAGACGUCCUCGAGGCAGGUGGCCAGACAGCCCUCAGCUCAGGAUCCAGCGACAGUGACGCAGGCAGGCAGGCGCUGUAUAAGGGGGCGCCGCGGGUCAUCUUGGCCACAGAGAACGACUAUUGUAAACUGUGCGACGCCUCCUUCAGUUCACCAGCAGUGGCACAGGCCCACUACCAGGGCAAGAAUCACGCCAAGAAAUUACGUUUGGCGGAGGCCCAGCAGAACUCCAGUAACAUGGAAGCCAGCAAUGAAGCAGCUCCAAGAAGAAACAGGAAAGAUGGCAGUGAAUACAGACUGGUGAAAAACCGCCGCAGCACACAGAUACCUGCUUCCAUGCCAGGGCCGUACUACAACCCCAGACCGAGGCAGCGCAUCCCCAGGGACUUGGCCAUGUGCGUGACUCCCAGCGGACAGUUCUACUGCUCCAUGUGCAACUGCGGAGCCGAGCAGGAGACGGACUUCAGGCAGCAUCUGGAGAGCAAGCAGCACAAGGCAAAAGUGUCGGAGUUAAGAUACCGCCAUGAGAUGGAGAACCUCGGCUACAGCUAAGAGACACAGGAGGGGAGGAGGGAGAGCAAAGGCAGGGACUGGAGUGUGAAGGAGCAGUAGAGUACAGGAAGGUAAAUACUUCUUCCUGUUUGAGGGAUGUGUUUAAGUGAUUAGCCCAAGUGGCUUCAAGAUUUUGUUGCAAUUCAUUUGCUAUAAUACAGUUUAUUAGAAAGGACACGUGAAUAACAGUGGCUCAGGUAAUAGAUUAAGUUUACUAAGUACAGAGUUGAUGGUGUGAUCCUAGCUUUUCUGUCUGCAGGUCAAAAUGUCCUUUGGCUAGACACUAAACCCCAAGUUGCUCUUGAUCUGCAGGUCAGUUUUGUCCAUCCCAUCAGGAAGGACAGGAUAAUUAGAUUUAUUUUGUCUGAGUUUUUGAUUUUGAAAUUUAGUCUGUAUAUUGAAUCAGGCUCCAACAUCCAGAGAAAGUGGCAGAUUUAGCAUAUAACUUAGAAACACAGACUGUAUUUAAAACUUGUAAAGCCGAUGCAGAAGUGCCUUAAACCUGCAUUCUAUCACACAGCCAGCAGGGGGCGACUCAUCUGGCUGCAAAACAAAGGCACAUGAAAAGAUGAGCCAACUUCUCACUUGAUUUGCUAACUCAGUAAAGAUUUUCCUAAUGAGUUUAUGGUCUCAGUCACUAUUUUCAAGACUUUGUAGAUGCAGUGUCAGGUUUGUUUGAUAAAUUAAGGUAACAUUUCGACAGCAAAAACGCAAUAAAACUGAGUAUGUGUUAAGGCAGGCCGACCUUGUGAUUGACAAGUUGUUGUGGUAUGGCUGUGUGCAGUGUCCUCAGGUUGGUGGUGAUUGCCAAAUAACAAAUUUUAGGCUUCAAAGCGGUAGUCCACAAACCACGGUGACUGCAUCAAUCUUUUAAAUACAGUCUAUGUAUGGAAAGAAAAAGAAAUUAUGCUUUAGUUUAGCUAUGAAACUGAUCUAAUUUUUUAGCCAACAUCUUUUCUUCAACUGUUUCUGGUCAACUACUUCCUUCAAAACUUUGAGCAGGUUGCAUUCUGGCUCAGGGUGCAGGAAAAUGCAAAUGAAAUGCAAAGAAAUCUUGGACUUGUUUGGGCAACAGCAAGGCACUCAGCAUUGAGCCACAAGGACAGGACAAGGAGACAGGGAAGAAGCAAAAGGGAGAAGACAAGAGAAAAGGCUUUCAGGUCAGAACAGCUUGGGAAAUCAAUCUCGGAGGACAAAGUUUUUGUUUGUGACUCAUGUUUCAGUUCUUGUGUGUGAGUCAGCCCUACAGGUAUUUUUUCAGGCCCUGCAGCAGGGACUUGAGGGCCACCUAGUGACCACAGGGCCACAUGGGGCCCAAAAGAGCAAAUUCAACAUCUUUAAAACCUAAUAGAGGUUUAAAAAAAUCCAAAGCUUCAAGCACUACUUGCUAAUUUAAAAAAACAAAGCACAAUGAACAUCAUCUCUUAGAAACAGUGUUAUGUGAAUCUGUGAGCCUCAGCCGACCUCUUAGCGAUCCUUUGGUGUGUCCAGGCUAAAGGCUAAGCCCUGGCUAGCCUUGUUUGUGCCUUUGGAGGGAAUUAAGCUAAAGAGUAAGCUUUGGUUAGCCAUUUUGGCAAUAUAAUAGAAACCAAUCUGUACUACUGAGUAGGUUUUUUUUAUAUUCCGUGUCAUCUCUCUUCUUGUAUUAAAUCCACACUAAUGUUAUGUAAAUAUGAUUAAAUUACAUUAUAGAUGUAAAUAUAGCAGAAUAUACAUGAAUCCUAUUGAUUCUUUGGUUAAUGUUAGCCUAGAAUAUAUUGUAAUGAUCUAUUUAAUAAUUAUCAGGAAUCUUGUACAAAGUGUGCACUGGCUGAAUGUCUGCUGAUCAGCACUGUAUGUUUGUAUGUGGGUCUCACUGUCGGCCCUCCAUUUCACUCUGGAUGGUGUCUUUCUUCGUUGGUAAAGUAACGCCGGCACCAUCAGUGUGUAUUUAAAAGCUGCUAGCCGUCAUUUGGACUGUGCUGGAGGAGCAUUUGCCAGGAGAGGCUGCCUCUGAAGCUGAGAGUUUUUUGAUGCAGAGUACAAGCUGAAUUUUUGUUUCUAGAAGCAGUCAAAAUGGCAUUGUGAGGGAAAAAGGCAUUCACUGACAGUGAUGCGUGCAGCUGAAAGCAUUUAACUCCAAACUUUAAAUUAGUUUGCAAAUUGCAGAGCUCCUGGAUAUUUUUUUUUGGUUCUUACACAUAUCAUUUAAUUCUCCCAAUCAAGCUUGAUUCCCAAGAGGGGCAUAACCAGGUUUUACUGCAGAGUGCUGCAGAGGAGUAACAUGGGCUUUGUCUGCAUUUGCACACAGAUCUGCUUUCUGUUUGUUUGAGGAUCUUUUUUUUUGUUCUUCUCCCCAUAUGACCAACUGAUAAGUCCAGCUGAUUUUCUGUCUUUAGCCCACUCUGAGAAGGUUGGUUUUAUAAUAGGAAUCUGAUUUAAUUUUCUGUUUCUUUUGAUUUAAUUUUCUGUUCCAUUUCAGUGGCGCUGAGCUUAACGUAGUGCAGACACCAGGCAUUCGGAGUUUACAGUCAUAUUUUGAAUCACUAAAAAAAUGUGUACUGUGCCUUUUAAAGUUGGCUAUUAUCUCCGCUGCAUUUGAAGAUGAUAAUGAUGGAGUCAAAAUUUUUUCAAAAUUUGUUGUUUCCUACACAAAAGUGUUGUCUUUGAAAACCUUAUUCACAUACUGAUGAUUCUUUAUUCCUUAAAUCAAAAUAGAUUUUAUUUACGCCUAAAGAAAUCACUUUAUGUCCCCACAAAAAAUGAUUUUCCUCAAGGAUUUGAAUUGAGCAGACACACACACACACACACACACACACACACACACACACACACACACACACACACACACACUCCCUACAUGCCAUAAUUGAAUCAGUCAAAGGCCUGAUCAGUUCACAUAAUUAGACGUGGUGGAAAGUGAGAUGAAAGCAGCGUCCUGGCUUUCUCUUCGGUUGGUUUAGCUGUGGGGAGAGGCAGCUGUUCACAUCUUAUGUUUAUCUCCAGAGCACAAACACACACACCUGACCACACACACAAGGACACUCAGGAGAAUAGCACUGUGAGGACAAAGUGCUGUGGUGCUUUGGAGGUUUUAAACACGAGAGAAAGGCAGAGCCAGAGGGAGAGGCAGGCAGAAGACAGAAAAUAAAAUGCUAGGCUUGUUUAUUAGCCCACUGUGCUGUACAGUUUUAUCAAAAAGGAACAAAGAGGAGCUGAUGAAAGCUGAGCUGUAACCAACGCUGUGGGUGAGACGCAGCUAGUCAAGGAGUUUUUCACAUUAGACAGAGUUGCUGUUAAUAGCACUCCUCCUCCUCCUAGAAAUAACCCACUUUGUCUCACAUGAAAGCUCUAACCUUUUAUUAUGUUGACAGGCUCCUGGAUUCAAAAUGAGAGUCACACUCCAAUGCUGCCAUUGAACACUUUCAGCAAGUGCAGGAAAUAAUAAACUGCAAAAGAAUGGAAAUAAUGGAGAUAUCACAGGAAACUAACAGACUCCUACAGACGAGGCCGGAACAGCUUAGCAUGUCCGAUAGCAAUCUGGAAACCCACUGUAUUUGUGCUCAUGUUUAGACCCUUUAUAUCAGUAAUUCCCAACUUUUUCGGUUCUUGACCCCUUAAAAUAAGGUAUUAUUUGCAUGAAACCAUUUAUCACAGGUUAUGGCCAUGAUGUUGACAGGAGUUGUGAGCAGAUCAACCAAAGAUUUCUAUUUUCUUAUCAUUUAAACACAAUGAGAGCAUCAAGACAAAAUAGCAACCGCUGUAUAAAUGCAGUCCAUUUAGCAUUUAAAAAAAAUGGAGAUGUGAAAAAUACUUCUUGUGAGCCCAGUGAUGACAUUUAAAAACAUUGAAAAGCAGACUGUUUUUGUGCCACGGGGUAAUAAAGCCUCAGCUGCAUUAUCGUCCAAAUCACCAGGGGCCCCAAAACCCUCUGUUCUGUGCCAAAAAAAACGAUGCGCACUUUUGGUUGGUUUCUGGGCAAGUAAUGCAGCUGCCAUAGGAACAAGGCAGACAUGAGGACAGGGCACAGACAUACACAACUCACAGAGGAGGUAGAGAGAAAUGAAUCUUAUGUGUUUGAAAUAUGCUGUAGAGGCUCAUAAGAGGUUAAAUGAUCCAGCAGAAGAUCCAGAAAAGUGAGAGUUUUACAUUUUCUCUGAAAGGUGGUGCAUUGUUGCAUUACUAUUGCACUGCUUUACAUGAUGCAUCGGUCCACUGCCUGUGUGUGCAGCAUGUGCUGAGUGUGAAUUACAGAACAGUCAGAGGGGAUUUUGGCUCCUUUGAAUAAGCCAUGAGCUCCCCUGAAAACAUUACUAGUGAACUUUUGGGGAGUCUCUGAAGUUUUGACAAUCAUGGAUCAUGCAUAAAAUUGGACUGUUAUUGAUGUAUGAUUCAUGCAUGAGGAUGAUUCAUCCCUAAUUCACUUUACGCAUGAUGCGUGGCAGCACAAUGUCUACAUAUAAACUGAGAACUUAGAGCAAAACAAGGCCGCUUCCUCGCAUAUGAUUUGUUUAAAAGAAAUCUACACCAACCAAUUUUGAAAAGAAAUCAUAAACAUUAGCACUGAUCAGAAUAAUAAUUAAUUCAAUUAAAUAGCGUGCUUUAUGAAUGCCUCUAUCAUUAAGUAAAGAAGCCGUAGUAUAGUUAGCACAUGGACCGUGAGACUGAUGGUCCAUAGCAGAAUAUAUGUGUCGCCCUUCCUCCAGGAUUUUGGGUCUAAUUAUUUAAAACAAAAUAAUGUUUUGUGAAAGAUCACUGGUCCUUCAAUGUGGAGCUCAGACUGCUUAAAAAUAUUAAUCUUAAGAUUUUUUUCACAUCAUUUAAGAAAUUCUCAAACGCAAGAAGCUCUCGUUUAAAAUUAAUUCAAUGGUCUGAAUAAGCAGAUAUUAUUAAAUCUAUUUGUAGCUAAUGCGCUAAAACAGGACAAGUAUUACUGUUACGUCAGAUUGUUUUAGAUUGAUAUUGUAGCAGUAAAGCAUAAUUCUACAUGUAAGCACUUGUGUUGGUUGCUCACAUUCAUGAAAAUCAAGUUUUUUACCUUGUCAAUACGUGUAUUGGGUGUUUUUACACGGGAGAAGAUACAGUAUGUGUGAAAGAAGCAGUCAGCACCGUGGCUAUGCAGUCUCACCUUAAAACCGCAUCUCAAACAGACAGAUUUUCGGGGGCUUUUCAGACAUAACAAACCUUUCCAUAGCUGAAUUACUCCAGUAUUACAAUUUAACAUUGUGUAGUGUAGGGUAAUUUGAUGGUGUUUCAGCAGACAAGGUGAGCUGGUGGUUAGACGUGGCAUUUUAAUAGAUCUGCACAUUCUAGAGGAAGCGACUCUGCAGAGUUGCAUUUAAGCCAUUUUAAGGCAGGAAGAUGAUUAUUUUCACAGAAAAGUUUCUAAAUAUGUAACUUUGAUACACAGAGCUGAGUUUUUAUGGGUUUAAUCGUUAAUCAGAGAGGGCCACUGUGGUAAAUAAAUAAAGGCAUCUGUCUGAACAUACCUGCCUUACCUGUUAAUGGGUUUAUUGUUUUGGCACUUUUCUUUCGCUGUGUGGUCCUUGAAAUAGAUGACAUUGCGUUAAUCUUUAUUAAAAGACUGUUUAGUUCUUGUUUGGUCUGAUAAAAUGUUGAAACAGUUCAAAUACUUGUUGUACUGUUUCCAUUUGUUUUCUUCUAACUGUGCUUACUUGUUCAAGACUAUAGGGACUAGUAGCUAUAAUCUACUGAUAACUAUGAGUUUCACUGUUAUUAACCGAUGCUGAUGUGUGUCAGCACCAUAAGUUAUAAGAUGAACUUCAGAGCUUCAUUGUAAAUGGCAGAGAGGUAUUAUGUAUCGCACUGUACAAAUUGAACUUGGUUUAUUUCAUGCAUGAGUAAAGUCAUAACUGUUGAGAUGUUUCUAUUACUGAGAGAAAAUAUAGGAAUGCCAUUCAAGAAUGUUUUUUAAGAGGUUUAUAUAGCAGGUUGGUUGGUUGGAAACCUCUGUGUGCUGUGAUGAAUCUACAAGCUGGUAUUGGAAAAAGGAAAUUACAAUUUUGCACUGAGUAUAAAAAGCCACCGGUGUUUAUAAGGAAAAGUACGCUACCAUAUGGUGUUGAGUUCCAGCGGAGACUUUGCUGUCAUUGCCAUUAUUUGCUCCUCAAUUAUUCUUAUCCUAAUGUUUACGAAGUGAGAAGUUGAAACUGUUGCGAAUGUGUAUCAUAUUUGUAAUUGUGUGUGUUGUUGCGUGUGCUGCACUGUUGGACUGAGCAGAUCAGGGUAGAUGAGCAACACAGUGAUGGUAAGCAGGAACAACAUAACAGCUGUAGCACAAAUUAAUAAAAAAAAUGUUUACCACACUGCAGAGAAGUCAGACGAUGGACCUCUACUGGUCUGCUAUUAUUUAAAGACACAAUUUUAAUGUCUACAAAAAAGUGUCAGGCACAAACUUUGUAUCAAAAGCACCUGAAAUCUUUUAACUUGGUGCUCAAAUCUGUUCAGGUCCGGUGUGUUGAUAAAAAUGAAUCCAAUUAUUCAUUCUUUAUUUUUAUUGAGGCUUUUUAAGUCCAUCUGAGAUAUUAGGCAGCAAUGCUCACCAGAGAAAAUCCACUGUUAACACAAGGACGUGACUCCUCAUCACAAUCACACCCCCACAAUCAGAACUAAAGAAUGUUUUUGAUGAACGCUGAAGAGUCUUUAAUCAAAACUAAAUAAGUGAAUUUCUCCAGACAUUGUACUACCUGGACGAUUGACAACUUCACAUCUUUUGGGAAAAAAAAAAAAUUCUUUGUUCGACACUAGACUGCCUUUUAAAGGACUAGCAUGACAUUCUUUGAAAAUGUGCUUUUUCUCCUUUCUUGCUGAGAGUUGGAUGAGAAGAAUGAUGUCACUCUCGUGCCUUCGCCUUGUAUCCAUGAGGUGUUUAGCGUAGCUUAGCAUAAAGACGGAAAAAGGGGAAACAGCUUCCCAUGCCGUGUCCAUAAUUCAAAGAUCUGCACCUCUAAAGGUCAUUAAUCAAUAUGAUAUAAUUUUGUGUUGUUAUUUGUGUUUUUGUGGUUAGAAGAAGUUUUAUACUGCAGUCCCUUCUUGCCGAACAUUUUUUUAUCACCAAGCAUUUCUCGGUAGUGUCUCUGCUGGCUUCCUGGCCGUGUCUCGUUGACAGUAAUCUAGAAAGACAGAGUGUAGCUAAGGCUGGAAUGCGAGACUUUUCCAUAGAAUGAUGAGCUUCACAUUGAAGGUCUGACUAAAUGAGUUCACACAAUGCUGAUUAGGCCUGUUGGUGCCAGGUACAUCUCUCUGCAUUUCACAGUUUUAUAUGCGCUGUCUCCGACCUCAAACCCAUUUCGGUGCACUGUGUUAUGGGACGGCUUUGCCAGAGUUGAAGAAGAGAGCAACUGUAGCAACAGCAGCAAUGCCAAAAUGCAAAAACAAACAAAAAAAUCUUAUAAGUCUCAAAGGUGCAUUGUUGGUUUAAGGUUCUUUUAUGACCCUUGGAUAGCAGUGAUGAUCUUCAGGCCCAAAGUUUUGAGAAAAGGGAACUUCACUGGCAUGUGCAGCACAAACCUAAUAUCACAGAAAUGUGUUGCCGAGAACAAACCUCGACUUCCUCAUUAUCAAGUGCUGAGCCCACACAGACUUGUCUGAGAUGGUCACAAAUUGGGACCCAACCUAGUGUUAAAAUUUAAAAGUUUAAAGGUGCUGUAGGCAGAUUUUUCAAAUUUAAAGGAAGACCAACUGUUUUGCCCUGUUUUCAGUCUCUGUGCUGAACUAGGUUAAUCAUCUCCUGGUUCCAGAUUCGCUGCUGGCACACAGAUAUGAGAGUUGUAUUGAUCGUCUCAUUAAACUCAGCCGGAAAGUGAGUCAACCUAUUUCCCAAAUGUCUGUUUUCUGUAUUUGUGUCUGCUCAUUUCAGCUGUAUUGGUCUCUAAGGUUGUUGCUGAGCCACAGCAAUAAGAAACAGGUUGUGCUUGCUUCACAUAAAAGCCCAUGUAUCCUGGUCCACACAUUAAGUGAGUCUGUACACUGUCAGAGUUCAGGACCUUCCACCUUCAUUUACUGUCGCGGGGCACAGAGCUCCAAGCAGCGUCCCUGCCGGACAGUAUAAACCUCUGUACUCUCUGUGAAAACCUCAGCACACUUUCAGUGCCUCUGGACAAUGUUGCCAAUAUACCACUGACUGACUGACUGGAUGCUUGUACAAAUGAUUUGCUGAUUUCCGAGGCUGCGUGUGUGUGUGUGUUUUCUGACAGAUGAAUAAACGUGCAGAUAAUAACA